GCUCUCCUUCAAAACCCGACCCGCCCUUCCUCCCUAGUCCCUACUCGUCUCUCUCUCUCUCUCUCUCUGUCUUCUUCAGUCUUCAGUCUUCAGUCUUCAGUGAGUGAAGAAGAAGAAGAAGAAGCAUGGACGAGAAUUCAGCACUGAUCGAAUCGAUUCUGAGAGAGGAAGACGAGGCGGAGGCAGACAAAUAUGUAAAGAAGAUGAGCAGCACGGCGCCAGUCCAAAACGGCGACGCUUACGCCUGGCAAACUGUUUCUUAUCACAAGCGAAACCGACGACUUUCUCAGCCAAUUCCGCCUGAUUCUGUCGGCGAUCCCUCCAACGGCGACGUCUUCCGCUCGAUCGAGCUGCAUUCCGAGGACCGCCGGAGGAGAAUUCGACAGGCUCAAACGGAUUCCCUUCCCGCUGUCCGAUCCGAGCCGCAUUCCGACGACGAUAGCGAUGCCGAGGUCGCCGCUGCCGCGGAAAAUGGCGAGCCGAAGAAGGCCAAAGUGAAGAAGCCGAAGAAGCCGAAGCUGACUGUGGCCGAGGCCGCUUCCAAGAUCGACGCGGCUCAUCUCGGUGCUUUUCUCGCCGAGAUAACGGAGGUGUAUCAAUCCCAACAAGACAUACUGCUUUUGCGUCUGGCUGAUUAUUUCGGUCGAGCAUUUGCGUCCGUCACUGCUGCUCAGUUUCCCUGGUUGAAGAUUUUCAAGGAAUCCACUGUCUCAAAGAUGGUUGACAUCCCUCUUUCUCAUAUAUCUGAAAAUGUUUAUAAGACAUCAGUUGACUGGAUCGGCCAGCGCUCCACUGAAGCCCUUGGGUCCUUCGUGUUGUGGUCACUAGAUUGCAUUCUUGCUGACCUUGCAAGUCAUCAGGGAGCAGCAAAGGGAUCCAAAAAGGUGGUCCAGCAACCUUCAAGAUGUCAGGUUGCCAUAUUCGCGGUUUUAGCAAUGGUGUUGCGAAAAAAACCUGAUGUAUUGUUUAGUCUAUUUCCUGUGAUGAGGGAAAGUUCGAAAUAUCAAGGCCAAGAUAAGCUUCCGCUCACAGUGUGGUUGAUUACGCAGGCCUCUCAAGGAGAUCUGGUUGUUGGGUUGUACACAUGGGUACAUCUUCUCCUGCCUAUAUUGAGUAGCAAGUCAGGUUGUAAUCCGCAGGCUAGAGACUUGAUUUUGCAGUCAGUGGAAAGAAUUUUAUCGUCUCCAAAAGCUCGGCCUAUUCUAUUAAAUGGUGCUGUUAGGAAAGGGGAGCACAUAGUGCCACCAUCAGCCCUUGAUCUCUUGAUGAGAGUUUCUUUUCCUUCACCUUCAGCGCGAGUUAAGGCAACUGAGAGAUUUGAAGCCGUCUAUCCAACCUUGAAAGAGAUUGCCCUUGCUGGAUCCCCAGGAAGCAAAACAGUGAGGCAGGUUGCACAGAAGACACUGAAUUAUUCAGUUAAAGCUGUUAAAGAAGGCAUCCCCGAUCUCUCUAAGGAGGCAACUGCUAUAUUUAUCUGGUGUUUGACACAAAGUCCUGAAUGUUACAAGCAAUGGGACAUGCUUUAUCUGGACAAUCUUGAUGCAAGUGUUAUUGUGCUGAAAAAGUUAUCUGACGAGUGGAAGGAGCACUCCGUUAAACAUGCCUCUCUUGACCCCUUGAGGGAAACCUUGAAGAGUUUCAGGGAGAAGAAUGAAAAAGCAUUGGCAAAAGGAGAUGAUUUGGUGCGCCAUUCGUUGUUGAAGGAUGCAGAUAAAUAUUGCAAGCUGAUUUUAGGACGGUCAUCUCAAGGCCGUGGAUGCAUGAAAAGCAUGGUUCUGGUGUCUGUUGCCCUUGCUAUGGGUGCUGCUAUCAUGUCCCAAAACAUACAACCCGAAGACCUCAAGAAACUUGCAGCCAUGUUUAACUUCCCCCUGACUCUCUAAAUGGAGGAAUUCAGCAGUACUGACAGCAUACACUCUCAACGGCAUAGCUCGGUUAAGAAAGAGGGAUCAAUAACAGUAUAGGCAGAGGAUGAGUUCUUAAUAUCCCGUCUUCGUGUUGGUCCCAGUGUAACUAGAACUAGAAGAAGCAGCAGCAGCAACCCAGCUCUGGGAUGCUAUUUUACAGGGUGUUGAUGUAUCUUGUUUCCAGUAUCAAUCUGUUGUUCAGUUACUUUUUCUUUGAAUUGAGGACACUUUUAUUGUGGCUUGUGA